AGACUGACUAUACCUUUCAUGAAAUCCACUACUGAUUUCUUCUGCCUCAGUUUUCAGUUUCCAUGUCCCUCCAUAAUAUACUCCCAAAUUGUUCUUCUUGUCUCAGCUCUGUUUCAGCCACUAGACUUAUCUGACAAACAUGGUGAUAUUGAUGGUAUAUCCACACUGACGCCAGGCUGAAGCCCCUCAGCACAUUGUCUCUUUAGCUCUUCUACCGCUCUAAUGCGUCUGUCUGUUCUUUUUGCUCUGCAGGUGGCUACCUCUGCCUGCGAGAUCGCCAGGCUCACGUCCUAAGCAGCUUUAUGGCCAAGGGUGUUAUGUGGAAACCCCUACUCGUUGACACCAUCUUUUGAGGUAUAGAGGGAAAAAAAACCAGUCUGUACCUCCAGCUACUAAACCAGAUUCUCCCAGCUGUAUUGCCACUCCAAAACCUCCCAGCUUGACGGGAGCAGAGUUCUCCUUUGAGGCCAGCAGCACACAGUGGGGCUACAGAGGAAUAAGAGAGACAGGUCAAGCAUAAUGAUGAACAACCCUGAAGUUGUCACUCCUCAGUCACAAUGACCACCUCCUCCUCUGCCUCAGCCACAAGGACUUCCUUCUACUCUGCUGCUUCUUUCCCCUUCACUCUUUCAGCUUCUGCAUCGUCUAACUCCUCUCUUCCUAUCGCUACUCCAUCCCUCCCUGUUUCGAUGUCUUCCUUCUUCUUUACCACCUCUCUUCCCCCUCCCUCCGUCUCCACCUCUUCAGUGGCCCCAAACCAGACUCUGUGUUCGUUUAAUGACGAGGCCCUCCGCCUGCCGCUCGCAGUCCUAUACUCACUGUUCUUCCUUUUUGGGCUUGUGGGUAACCUCUUCGCCCUGUGGGUCUUCCUUUUCCUACAGUCAAAACGCAACUCUGUGCGGGUGUUCCUCAUCAACUGCGCUGUGGCGGAUCUGGUCCUCCUGGCGUGUCUGCCCUUCAGGGUGUUCUACCAUGUUAAUGGAAACCAAUGGGUACUGGGAUCUGUAGUCUGCAAGUUGGUGGGGAAUCUGUUUUACAUGAACAUGUACAUCAGUAUUGCAUUACUGGGGCUCAUCAGCUUGGACAGAUACUUGAGGAUAAAGGGGAAAAGCAGAGUACGGAGAGGCAUGAGGGUGACGGUGUUGGGUCACGUCUGGCCUUGGAGCUGGGUGGCGUGCGGGGUUCUGUGGGGUAUGUCACUGAUGGCGCUGGUGCCCAUGAUCGCCACAGCAGAGGACAGUGAGGAGAAAGACAUAUGCUUCCAGUACAAGCACCGUAGCAGCAAAGCCAAAGGGAAAGCCUACUUCAACGGGGCGCUGGUGUUGAUGUUCUGGCUCGUCUUCAUCAUGCUGGUGGUCUCCUAUGCAAAGAUUGCUUCUCAGUUGCUGAGAGUGUCAUGGGACAAGCCGGACCUUCCCAACGCACAGAGAUACCAACGAACCGCCAAGAAGUCCUUCUUUGUCCUCUUUCUGUUCACCGUCUGCUUCGGGCCGUACCACGCCUUUCGCCUUGUCUACAUCCUCUCCCAGCUCAGCACAACAGUAAACUGUGAGUACUUGCAAAUGGUGGACCGUACCAAUGAGGUGAUGCUGUUAUUAUCUGCCUUCAAUAGCUGUUUGGAUCCUGUCAUGUACUUCCUGUUAUCUGGCUCAGUGCGCAAAACCGCCCUCCAAGCACUUGGACACCGUCUUGGCAACCGGCUUCUCUUCCUAAACGACGGAGCAUCUAACAGCUCGACAACGGAGUUCAGGCGACAGUCUGUGCCAAUGGCUUUACCUAACCCUGAACUCAACACCCCCUCAGUCACCCCCAGAACAAGCAUCUGUGUCAUCAACACCACCCUCCGCCGCACAGGGCUGACCACGCUUCCACAUUCUGGUCAACAGUGAUCACAAGUUUUGUCUGACUGCAAACUAUGUAAACCUGAACACUGGAGAAGUACAUGCCGAUUCUCUUUAAAACUGAGCAAAGCCUUUUUACACAUACCUACUUCUUUUGUUAAAAAAUAAAUGUCUUUUUUACUUCCAAGCUAUUCUUACUGUGUUAGCUUCUGAGCAUCUGUGCUUAGUGGGAAAUCCGUGUUUAAAUUCUAGUUUCCCUGAGUGAAAGACUGACGAGAUAAACUGAGUGACUAUUGUGACUUCAGCUAUUCUAGGAAUACAUGUCGUGUUUGUACUUGUAUUUUAUCAGAGAGUGUUAUAAUGUUUCUUAAAAAGGUAAAUGUGUAUACUGGUAAAAAUGGAUUGGAUGAAUAAUGUUAAAACAAAAUUUGCAUUUCUUUGCAAUUAUUAUUAAAAAAACACCAGCAGUAA